AUGUACAUAAACACACUUCCAAUCCGUAUCCGUAAUGGACAUAAAUUUCCGGUUCCAUUAGAAAAUGAAAGUUAUUAUCAUCGUCAUCAACCGGUAGAUUUCUCUAUUAAAUUAAAGAAUCCAUCCAUGGUGCAAUCUGCAACAGGGAUGAUUUUUCUUACUGAUAAACGAAUCAUAUUUAUCGCUUAUGAGCCUAGUCCAGAUGGAUUUGAAAACUUUUAUGUCAUGUUAGCUGAUGUUGUAUCUUCAGUGAAGCAAAAAAAGAACUUUUUCGAUUUCAACAACUUUUUUAAUCAAAAUACACUUUCCUUGGAUAUUACUUUGAGAGACAAAAAGACUUUUAACAUGUCUAUUACAUAUGAUGACGAAGAUAUUGAACAAAAAGGAAUUUUUGAGGAUUAUUACGGGAUGUUGCUUUCUUGGACGACCAAGACCAAACCCGAAAAAAUUGUUGGUGGUAGACCACUAAGCAUUACUACCUUAAAUACCUUUAUUUCAGGCGACCGUCCUGAUUCGGCCUACUUUAGCACUUGGAGUACGAAUCCAUUCCGUGAUGGAGACAAACCUCCAGCAUAUUCUUAA